AUGCAAGACGCCGGUCUCACCCAUUGUUUGAAUAUAAAUAUCGCCCAUAGCCCUCUGGUACCAAAAGACCCCAAAUCACAAUCACGCAUCAUUGACCCAACUUUCUCUUUUGCCCUCAUACCAGCUUGUACCAUGAAGGGUCUCUACACCAAACUGUGCCUGGGCCUUCUUCACCUUGGUCAAUUGACCGAGGCCAAGUCCGGCUCUUGGUCUGGCACCAACAACUACUUUCUGCAAGGCAUGUCAGACUCAGCCCAAGAUGCAUACAUCCAGACAUUGUCCUCCUACAACACCAAAGUUGUCAGGCUCUGGGUCAAUCAAGCUAGCAAGGGCUGCCAGAAAGGAAGCCAGAUAGUCAGGGACAUCCCGCAAUUGGAGACGACUAUCGGGCAGUACAACAAAGUGACUUUGGAUGAGAUCGAUAAGCUUCUUGUCAAGUUGUCGGACAAGAAUAUCAAGGCUAUCAUCUCACCACAUGAUGGCAACUCUUUGAUUGGAGACUACAGAAAGGACGCCUAUUGGGCUCGUUGGGGCGCGGGGUAUUUCUAUGAGAAGCAGGAUGCCUUUGAUGCAUACGACGCGCGCCUGUCGUACAUCCUCAAUUACAAGGGCGCAUACUCCGGCAAAGUCUGGAAGAACUGGCCUCACGCCAUCUUCAGCUUCAAUCUUCAGAACGAACCCAUGACUCCUGGACCUAGCAACUGCAAGAACGGUGAUCCUGCAGGCUGGGCCUGCGGUCGUGCAACCUUCAUGCGCAACGCAGGAUUGGACAGCCAUAUCCUUAUCUCCACCGGUGGUAUGGGUGGUGACUUUUCACACGGCUGCACCUUUCUCCCCGCGGUCACGCAGUGCAAGGCCAUCGAUGCCAUUUCGGUCCAUCGCUACGCAAGCGUGCCUGGCCAGUGGAGCGCCAACUUACCCAGCUGGUUGAGCCAGGCCAAUGGAAAGAAAGUCUAUCUCGAGGAAUGGGGAGUCGAUUCGCAAAAGUACGAUCAAAAGUCGGCAUUUGUCUCAGAGGUCAACAACAUGAACUCUGUCGGACUGCCUAACAUGUACUGGCAACUUCUUCCCCCAUCUUCUGGAGGCUGCAGUUAUAACCCUCAGAAUGAUGCCGGUGAUCCUUUUGGCAUCUAUACUAACUCUGGGGUCAAUUUGGCGGGUCCGAUUAAUGGUGCUACCUCAUCGGGGGCUGCUCAAGACUGGACUGGUAGUCUUUACUAA